CGGGGAAUGUUGGUGGACUUGUGGGGCGAGGUCCAAAGUUUGGGAAAGCUCAGCCUUUUUAAUCGCGCGGGGAGAGGCUUAAAGUCCUGCCGCCUUCAAGAGCUUUGGCCCAAGGGAAGGUGGUCGCUCCUCUUCCUCUCCGCUUUCCUGAGUGGGGAAAAACAACCACUCGAGGGAAUGACAGCGCGUCGUGACAUGACCCAGGCUGCGCUUCGGAAGGCUUUCUUGCCCGAGGAUAGUCGUGUGUAUCGGCACGUAGGCUGAGCUUUUCGAUUUGCUACAUCGCAGAAGAUACUUCAUUGAUUGAAGAUGGCGCAAUGGAUUAUGCUAUUACUGUUGAUCUGUCUGGAAUGCAUAAAAGGAGAAUUUUUCACUUCUAUAGGCCAGAUGACAGAGUUGAUUCAUGCGGAAAAAGAUCUGGUACAGUCAUUAAAAGCAUAUAUUCAAGAGGAAGAAACCAAACUUUCUAAAAUAAAAAGCUGGGCUGAGACAAUGGAAUCCUUAACAGCCAAGUCCUCCUCUGAUCCAGAAGGUUAUCUUGCUCAUCCUGUCAAUGCUUAUAAAUUAGUAAAGCGCCUCAACAAAGAAUGGCUGGAGCUGGAGAAUCUGGUUCUUGAGGACAUGACCAAAGGCUUUAUUACAAAUCUGACGGUUCAGCGUCAGUUUUUCCCAGAUGAAGAAGAUGAGACUGGAGCUGCCAAGGCAUUAAUGCGUUUGCAGGACACAUACAAACUGGAUUCUGAAACAAUAUCAAAAGGAGAAUUUCCAGGCACAAAAUACAGAUCUACCUUGACAGUGGAUGACUGUUUUGGUAUGGGGAAAAUAGCUUACAACGAUGGAGAUUAUUAUCACACCGUGCUGUGGAUGCAGCAAGCCUUAAAACAGCAUGAUAAUGGUGAACAGACAACCAUCAGUAAAGCGGACAUCUUGGAUUACCUCAGCUAUGCUGUUUUUCAGCUCGGGGAUUUACACAGAGCAAUGGAGCUUACAAGACGGUUGGUCAUCCUAGACCCAGGUCAUGAGAGAGCCGGCAGCAACAUGCAGUACUUUGAGAAGCUGCUGGAGAGCGAAAAAGAAAAAAACCAAAUCAAUACAUCGUCAGUGAACCCCAGUGAGCCCAAAACAUACCAUGGCAUUUAUGAAAGGCCUCGGGACUACCUGCCAGAGCGUGAGACCUAUGAAGCCCUUUGCAGAGGGGAAGGUGUGAAACUGACGCCUCGAAGACAGAAGAGGUUGUUUUGCAGAUACCACAAUGGAAAUCGAAAUCCUUAUUUAAUUAUAGCGCCUUUUAAAGAAGAAGAUGAAUGGGACAGCCCACAUAUUGUCAGAUAUUAUGAAGUGCUAUCUGAUGAAGAAAUAGAGAAGAUUAAGGAGUUGGCUAAACCAAAAUUGGCAAGAGCUACAGUCCGGGACCCUAAAACAGGUGUACUAACAGUAGCCAACUACCGGGUUUCCAAAAGUUCCUGGCUGGAGGAAGAGGACGAUCCGGUUGUUGCCAAAGUAAAUCAUCGAAUGGAGCUAAUUACAGGAUUAACUACCAAAACAGCUGAAUUGUUGCAGGUUGCUAAUUAUGGCAUGGGAGGACAAUAUGAGCCACAUUUUGACUUCUCAAGGAAAGAGGAACCUGAUGUUUUCAAGCGUUUAGGGACUGGGAACCGUUUGGCCACUUUUUUGAACUAUAUGAGUGAUGUUGAAGCAGGAGGUGCAACAGUUUUCCCAGAUUUUGGAGCUGCAAUUUGGCCCAAAAAGGGGACUGCAGUUUUCUGGUAUAACCUCUUCCGAAGUGGAGAAGGUGAUUAUCGAACGAGACAUGCAGCAUGUCCAGUGUUAGUAGGCUGUAAAUGGGUAUCAAACAAAUGGUUUCAUGAGAGAGGAAAUGAAUUUUUAAGACCAUGUGGUACAACAGAAGUGGACUGAAACCAGCCCAACCAUAUUUUCCUCCUAUGCUGUCAGCUUUCUGCAUUGUUCAUUUCAUUUCUAAGAAAUGACUUCUACUAUGAAAAUGGCAGCGUUAUUUAUUGAAGAACAGCAGCAUCUCACAAGAAAACAAGAAAAGCUAUUUGGACAGUUGGUGCUAUGUGCUUAUAUGUGGACACUGUCAUUCUCUUCUCCUUUCAGUUUCUGCAACAUCCAGCAAGGUGAUACGUUACACAUUGGUCAUAGAACGUUUUUUCAAAAUGCAUAUUUUGAAAAUGUUACUGUAUUUUCUAGGAAGUGCAACUUCCAUUAAACCUUUUUAAAAAGAA